CAAGACCAAGCCACGAGCCAUGACAAGCCAACGUGCGUUUAAAAAAUGGCGUGCUUGUUUGAAUCUUCGUAGCUCGCUCUGCUUUUGGCCUCAAAAUGUCAGUAUUACUCAUUGAGCCGUUCUACAGCGGAUCCCACAAGCAGCUAGUGGAUUUAUUAGCGAGUGAGUUAGGCGAUGAGGCGAAGUUAAUAACUAUGUCCGGCGUGAAAUGGCAUUGGAGGGCGAGAACAUCAGCUGUCUGGCUGGCAGAGGCAAUCCCCGAAAACGAAACUUACAAAGUACUAUUAGCGAGCUCAGUCCUAAACCUCGCUGAACUCGUGAGUCUCCGCCCUGACAUUGCAAGAUUGCACAAGGUGCUCUAUUUUCAUGAAAAUCAACUUGUGUACCCAGUACGUAAGCAGCAAGAUAGAGACUUCCAGUACGGAUACAACCAAAUUAUUUCUUGCUUGGUUGCGGACAAGGUUCUUUUCAAUUCGAAAUACAAUAUGCACUCCUUCCUUGGAGAAAUCACCCAUUUCCUCAAGUUGAUGCCAGACUAUCGACCGAAGGGAUUAGAAGAAAAGAUUCGAAACAAGUCGUCGGUGUUGUACUUCCCAUUGGAUUUGCCACCAGAUGUUGCUGGUGUUGUGGGCAAUGAGGCAACGUGUCUCGAUCAGAUGUCAACUAGUGACGUUCUCCACAUCGUAUGGCCUCAUCGAUGGGAGCAUGACAAGGGACCUGAGGAUUUCUUUGCUGCACUGGUACAAUUGCAUUCUGAAGGCCUCCAAUUCAAGGUUUCUGUAUUGGGACAGGAGUUCUCUGAAAUCCCAGGAGUAUUUACGACUGCAAGGGCAAAGCUGGAGGGCCACAUAUUUGCGUGGGGUCAUCAAGAGAACAAGGCUGACUACUACAAGAUCUUGUCUACGGCUGAUGUUGCAGUGUCAACAGCCCAUCACGAAUUCUUCGGCGUUGCUAUGUUAGAGGCGACGCUGUACGGAUGCUACCCCCUCUGCCCCAAGCGGCUUGUUUAUCCGGAAAUAUUCCCUGAGGAGUGUCUGUACAAUACCCAGAACCAGCUGGUUAAGAGGCUACGUAACUUCUGCCACAAUCCUCAGGUUCCAAGGCGCUGUCGACCAAAGAUCGACAACAGCAUGUACACAUGGAAGACAUUGCGUGCUGCGUACAGGAGAAUUCUCCUUCUGCCAAGUUGAGUGUGUAGAGAGAACCAUUCAAUUCACAUUCUCACCGCAUGUGCGACGGCUUGUAGUGAGCAAGAACAGAGGGGUACAAGAGACAUGACUGGGAAACACAAGGGAAUGUGCAAGGAGUGGUGGUGCCACUGUGGAGUGUGUGUUUGUGUCGAAGCAGGAAGUCAAACAUCCAUCUCCUCAGAUUUUUCCUAGACAGACAGGUGCAUAGGUUUUUACUUACAAUAUCUCAAAGUAGACAGAAGGAAUAAGCAACGUGAAAACUGUCAGAGUUCCUUCUUGUUCAUUUGGCAUGACGGUAUUGUCCCCACAACCACACGAAGAAAUGCAUGGGAAGUAACCAGGCUGAGAUUGGAACACUGGCAAAGAAACACAAAGCCCCCCCUCCCCAACACCAAAGAACUGGCCCAACUGUCUUCUUUGUUGAUGACCCAAAAACGUUGAAAUGUUAAAAUAAGGCAGCCAGUGCUGGCCAGGUUUCGGCUGGUGUAUUGACGGCUAACUCGCUGCAAUAUUUUACGAUAAUCUACACGGUAUUUCAAAUGUAAAGGAGACAUUGCUAAAUCACCAUUGACAUUGAUCAUCAGGACACAUCAGCCUAAACCAACUGCAAUUCAGGCUCACAAAUUCACUGUACUUUACAUCGAAUAGUGAAAAAUCAAGUAAUCCAGUGAAAGUACAUUCAUGCAGAAGCACUGAUUUAUUCACCCCCCCCCCCCUCCCUACAUUCACCCAAAAUGUAUCAUCUUUAGACACAUGUCGGAUAGGACAAAUAAUGCUGUUACAACCCCACUGCCGCCCCCAUGCUAGAGAUUCUGGAUACACCACUGAGCAGAAGCCCAAGGUCAGCCAACACUUCGAACAAUCUCUAUUCAAAAUAUCAUCGGUGCCGACCUCAUGCUUCUGCUCCACUGUGCUGUAUAUGUACUCCAAAAUGUGCGAAGCUUGCAAAAUAAAUAUGUACAGCCAAAAUGAGUACGCAAUCCAAGAGGACAAUAUGCUGGACUUCAACAUCAAUAAGUUCCCUAUUCACAACACUCAUAACUGCGUGAAAACCCCGUGACACAGCAUGAGGUAUAUCAGCCAACGUACAUUACCAGUGCAGUUGAACCGGUUUCAGAAAGAAGUGCUUAGGUAGUGAAUAAGGUAUAAUACCUUGCGGAUGACAAAUGUCUACAAUGUUCCGGUGUAUUUUGCUGAAUGACUGCAAUGCAACUUGCUACGUGACCGUAAUACAAGAUUUACUUCAUUGCUCAUUGGUAUUCCACUCUAAAGAGUGCCCGUCCUUCAUAUCCAUUAAUAUUCGUAUUUCAUACUCAUUAAUUCAUAGGCAGUUGGGAUGCAAGGGCAAUUGAGUGAGCAGUACCGACAAUACUAUGGGUGGUUAACGCACACCUACCCAGAAGUCCUAUCACGUGUGGCACAGUAGAAGCACUCAUCUCUUUCAUGGAAGUGGCCUUCGGCUCCAUUUGCGAGACGAGUGUGAAUUUCAGCACUGACUUUCUCUGGCAUUCAGCAGAAUAUCAUACAUAUAUUACGCUCGGACUACUGGUGCAUCGACUAACUCGCCUUGUUCGAAGUGCGCUACAUAUAUUAUACAUAUCACCGUGUGGCAAUGCUACAAAGUUCCGCAGCUCCUUGAGUCGCGCCCGCUUGCAGCAAUUCCUGUCGCUUUCGAGGUCAUUCGUACUGGUCACCGCUUUCCUCGUCAAAUCUAAACAGCGACCACCUUGAAGUCCCACCGGAGUGCUCUGGGGCUGUCGCACAUCUCCAUGGAAGCGUACUGUCCAGCCUUGCUUUCCUUGGCACCGAGGCACAGGCCAGCUGCCAGGUUGUAGAGAGCGGAGUUCUUCUGCGUCGACGCAACAAACGUGUUUCGUCUUAGAAUACUCCGAAUUACCGCGAGAUUAUUCGUGACUAAAGUUAUCGAUUGCAGAAGGGGGAUUACUCACAUUGCUGGAGUGCCUCCAGUCCUGGGAUCCACCCAUUUCGUGGCACUUUGCUAAGCGCGGAUACUGGUCACCUCCGUCGAGGCAGAGGAGUUCCGCGAGACGCAAGUCGUGCUUCUCAGUCUCGUACCAGAGCUGCAAGAAGCGGGCAAAACGUCAGUAUUUUUCUACUAUGAUUCCGUGCGCGAGUGGUUGCUUUUAGCCUCGUGUAAUCCUGAAAAUGUCCUGAAAAUGACCUGAGACCUGAAAACGUGUGUCAUACUGUCCUUGUACAUCGUCACGUAGAGCAAGGACACCGCAGAUACCUGCGAUGUGCUUUCUCUGCUCGAAACAUGGUAUGUAUACUCCUAAAGUUUUCAUUCCCUUUCCUAAAUCCCUACUUUCAAUCAGCUGGCAAAAUACAUGGAGAUACUAUGUGUAGACAGUUUUCAUGUGCUCUGUGGCCAACUUGUCUGUAUCUCUACAAUGAGACAGAACCGCAUUGUGUGCGUGCUUUGCCUGAUAACAACACAUAGAGAACUGGAACAUACUCAGAACACAAAGUUCCUGAGAACAUGAAACAUUGAAACGUGGCAGCUUAACAGAUCUUUACAUGUGAAGCGUGCUUUCGAUAUGGGAGAUUGCACGGCACUUUCACCCACGAAAAUUGGUAAAACAUUUUGCAAUCUGGAUGUAUACGUGCAGGUGUAACAGCAACAAUGAUGCACAUACCUGACGCUUAAUGAGAACGCACUUCUGCAGCAGCAGGACAGACCCCUUUGUUGUCACACCAUCUUCAGACUCGAGACAGAGGUCCGUUCCAGAUAGCUGUAUCUAAAACAGUUAAGAUACCCAGUUUAGGAGAGAAAAAGAGGGGUGUUUUCAGAUGCUGGCACGGCAGACUGUUUGCAGUUGUCCCUGCGUUCGCCAGUACGUACUUGGAAUUUUCCCACAGUUGCCGGCAUUUUCCUCUUGAAACUGGCAAGGCUUUGGAAGUUUGGGCCUCUACUUUUGUGCUUUUUAUUGGGCUUGCUCGGAGGCUGGAGUUCGGGAUACACGUUCUUCAUGUACCAGUCAAACGAUUUGCACCUCAGUUUCUUGCGCAGGGCUAGUCUCGUCGUUAUGUCUCCAUAAGGCCUGUUGAUGACUUCGGAACGUGUUUGGAAGUAGUAAGCCUGAAAAUAGUAUCGCUUCAUGCAUCAGAAAUGUCUAGCAAGCCACAGGGUCGUACCUGUUGUACGGGUGUGGUAUUGGUACCGUACAUUAUAUUGGUUGUUAUAUUGGUAUUGUAUA